CUCACGGCUGCUCUCUAUGGCUCGGCCGCAGCGCGGAGCGGGGCCGGGGAUGGCGGGGCCGGCGGCCGCGGAGGAGCCGUUCAGCCCCUCGGUGCUGGGCACCAGAGAGCACUGGGAUGCUGCCUAUGACAGAGAGCUGCAAACUUUUCAGGACAUCGGAGAUGCCGGGGAAGUUUGGUUUGGAGAGGAAAGCAUGACGCGCAUCAUCAGAUGGCUGGAAAAGCAAAAGGUCCCUCUUGACAGCCCUGUGCUUGACAUUGGAACUGGAAAUGGUGUUUUACUGAUUGAAUUGGCAAAGUCUGGCUACACGAAUCUCACAGGGAUUGAUUACUCUCCUUCUGCAAUACAGCUGUCAGAAAAAGUAAGAGAGAAAGAAGGGAUGUCCAGCAUUAAAUUAAAGGUGGAAGACUUCCUGGCUCCAUCAGCUGAGCUGUCAGGAUUCCAGAUUUGUAUUGACAAGGGGACUUUUGAUGCCAUAAGCCUCAAUCCUGAUAACGCGGCGGCAAAGAGGAAGCAGUACGUGAGAUCCCUGUGCACUGUGUUGAAACCAGAGGGCUUUUUCCUCAUCACAUCUUGCAACUGGACCAAGGAGGAGCUGUUGAACGAGUUCAGAGAAGGAUUUGAGGUUCUGGAGGAGCUGCCAACACCCAAGUUUUGCUUUGGAGGAAGAAUUGGGAACAGUGUAACAGCAUUGGUUUUCCAAAGGCAAAAAAAUUGAGGCCAUCCAUCUUGGACAAAUUAGAUGAGAAAAGCCUGAACUUUAAACUUGACAGAAAACCUCAGACGUGUGUGUAAAUAAAUGCUCUUUGAGUACACAGUAAAAUACUAUGUAUGGAGCUCUAAAGGGCUGUAAAACGUCACCCUGAGAACAUUUCAGCUUUGCAUAACUUGCCUGUAAAUUCUGUCCUUGCUACAACCUCGCUUGCUGGAGGGAAGCUGCAGGUUUGGAAGAGAGAAACGAGGCAUUUGGAAUACGGAGACUAACAUAAGUGAAUGACAUCUGUGUUUGGAACACAAAGAUUAGCUGUAUUUAAUUGCUGUAUUUGUAAUCAGUGACCAAAAGAGGUACAACAAAACCCUCAUUUCUCUGUUGUGUGGUGUAAGAGGGAACAAGAUUUUGCAAUGCAAGUGCUGGAUCUUUUGGGUUGUGUUAUUUUCUUAGGCGAACGCGAAUGUAGCUGUUGAGGAGGGAAACGAAUAUAGAGCCAAAAAGGGACCAGUUAGUGCUUGAAAUUCAGAUUUGCAGAGGUUCUCAGGCUCAGCACAGUUCUGUCUCCACUGAAAUAGCUCAACCCUUUUCCCACAGAGGGAGUUCUCUUAGAACACUGACCUGCCUGGAUGUGUGCUUGCCUCAUCAGUUAUUUUCACUGAUCUCAUAAAUACAUAAAAGUGUGAUGUUACAGUCUCACUAGCAUGUCA